AUGGGCGCGCGUGCUGAUCGGGACGAGGCCAUAACGGGGGCCCUUCUUUCUCAUCUCUGCAGUGGACGGGCGGAUGGCGAGGCCGCUGGUCAUCGUGAGUUCGGGCUCACGCAGAUGGACCUGCUGAACCAGGUCGCCCCGAUGCACCUGCUGAUCGUGAGCCUCCGGAUGGUCGUGAGACUCCAGAAGGAUCCCCUGACGGGCCCCUUGAUGAUCGUAAGCUUCCAGAAGGGGUCCCUGGCGGGCUUCCUGAUGGUCGUGAGCUUCCAGAUGAUCGUGAGGUCCCAGCUGGCUGUGAGCCUCCAGAAGGGCUCCUUGGUGGGCUUCCUGAUGGUCGUGAGCUCCCAGAAGGGUCUCCUGGCGGGCCCCUUGAUGGUCGUGAGCUUCCAGAAGGGCUCCCUGGCGGGCUCCCUGGUGGUCGUGAGCUUCCAGAUGAUCGUGAGCUUCCAGAUGAUUGUGAGCCUCCAGAAAGGCCCCCUGGCGGGCUUGCAAAUGGUCGUGAGCUUCCAGAAGGGUAUCCUGGCGGGCUUCUUGAUGGUCGUGCGCUCUCUGAUGAUCGUGAACUCCCAGAUGGUCGUGAGCUUCCAGGAGGGCUCCUUGGUGGGCUUCCUGAUGGUCGUGAGCUCCCAGAAGGGUCUCCUGGAUAUCACGCACAUGUUCUAUGCCCGCAACUGGGGGGCCGUGGCCGAGGCUAUCUCGAGUUACCCCGAGCUGGAGCUUAGGGAGGCGCAGGGGAAUUGCGACACCCUGCGGGCCGAGUUUCUGGAGGCCCAGGAGCAGCGUCGGCGCGCCAAGAGGCUCGCGCAGGUCUCAUCUAUCGAGCACGAACAGCAGAUCUUCAG